AUGGCGAUCAAAUCGCAGGAGUGGAUGACACGGAACAAGGUCUUAGAGGAAGCCUUUGAUCAGGACUAUGAACCUGAAGAAGAAGAUGAACGUGAUUUUAACUUACGUGGACAAUUUGAUGAUAUCGAUGACUCUGAAAGAAAUGAGCUCUUGGCAGAUGCAGACAAUGAUGUUGAUGAUAUGCCGGAACUCACUGUCAGAUUCCAAGGGGAUGAUGACUAUGAAUCAGAUGACGACGAUUCGGGUGAUGAAGGCAAUGAAGAGGAAGAACCUAUUGUGGCCAAUUUGGAUCACCAUCAAGAAAAUGUCGAUAGAGGAACCGAUGAUAUUGGGAGCCUCGUUACUGAUCUGGAGGAUCUACAAGAACCGCCAGAAGAAGAGAUUGUAUUUGAGCCUG